AUGCCAAAAAAUUACUAAAUUGGAGCAAUAAAUUAUGAAGACAUAAAAUUUGAUACAGAAGAUGAAUAAUUUUUUAAUUUUCAAUUUGAGGCACCAUAAAGAUGGUUAUAAGAUGAUCGAUGUAUAAAUGACUUUUGGUUUAAAAUUCCUCAUUUAGUACAUAAAAAAGUGAUUUAAAAUUAUCCAUAAAUCAGGAGAUGUCUUUCAGUUGGUAAAAAGAGUAUAAUUGAAUUGAAAAGAUAGAACCAAUAUAAGUAUUUCUUGAAAUAUGUAGUGGAAAAGAAAAAAUGUUCAGAUUUCAUUGAGAGUACAAUAAAGAAAUGAAUGGUC